AUGUCAUUAAGAGAACUUAAAAUACAAACCGGUGUUGUUAAAAGACUUUAUAAAGAAAAACAGUCUUAUAUUAAAGAGCGUGAACAACAAAUACAAAGAAUUGAAAGAAUAACAGCGGAAGGUGCUGACUCUUAUGAUAUUGCCAAACAGAACGAGGUCUUGGAAGAGACGUUGCAAAUGAUCCCUGAUACGCAAACACGCCUCGAGGCAGCCAGACGAAAAUUACAAGGAUUGAUUGAUAAUCAGGGUUCAUCAUGGGCUGAAACAGAAGAACUCAGACAAGCGACCGAUAUUUUGAAAGAUACUACUGAUUAA